CUGAGCUUUUAACCUGUUGCUUGCUUUCCUGCAAGAUGAUGUCUUUUGCAAAUAUCAGUGUUCUAAAGGACCUUGACAAUCUAAAAAUACAGGCAGGAAUCAAAAUAUUUAACUUGUAAAAAUCAAUGUUUCUUACCUGAGGUGGCACAGUAAUAGUAGAGAUUGUUUAAGGGACCUGGACAAAAUGAGCUGCCAGUCUCAGUCCCAUUCUUAGUGAAUUGGUUGCAAAAUUGCUUACCAUGUUUGGUGUUUGGGAUGCGUUAACGAAGGAAUCAGUGAGCUUGCCCCUCCCAAGUGAUACUGCAUUUGAGAUUGUAACUGGUUUGGAAAGGGUUGGGAUGAUGUCUAUCUUCCUGGCUGUUAAUUGCAAAUUUAUCAGCAAAACAUGAGAAGGAAAGAAAACUUUAAAAAAUAAAUCCUAAGGAGCAAUGCAACUUUGUCUUCAGUGAUAACGGUAAGGCACCUUAUAUUUUGGUGUAUGUGGUCCUACAGCUCUUCUGUCUAACUCGGUGGUGAGCCUACUUGGUGAUCUGUAUCACAGUGAUUAUCUGAGAUCCUAUCCUACUCAAAUAAUAGGAUAUGGAGAUUUCACAGUUGUCAAGUAGGAAGAGGUAGAAUAGCUUCAUUCUGUCAUGAGUGCAGUGUCACAAACGUCCCUCAAGAGAUAGAGAGGUGUUGGCGCUUCAGGUUUGUAUCCUCAGCAACACAAAGACUUGUUUAAACUUCUUUCUAUGCCACCUUUCAUCACAUAGUUAAGAUUUUAGAUAUGUAAAGCUUACACAGUGUAAGUAUCUGGGAGUGUGGGGGAAAAUCUUACUUGUCGGCUGUGUUACUGUUGACACCAGGUAGGGAAUAGGAGGAUGUUGUCCUGCCAUGCUUGUUUUGUCUCUGAGGAAGGCCUAUAUGUUUUCUAAACUGGAAUGCAACAAGUUAUAUUGGUAACAGAACAAAACAAAAGGCUAGGAGAAAUGAAAACACACUUUGUUUUAUGAGAUAGGAGAAAAGAAGAUAGCAUAUUGGUAUUAGUAUGACUAUGAGAACUCUUGUCGCUGCUCAGUCAGUGCAGUAUUUCUUGGCUGGGAAGUACCUGAUGAUUCAGAGAUGAGAGAAAAUGUCCAUAACCCAACAGCCCUUUUGUUCUGGAGAAGAGAUCUUCUUGAUUCCCAGAAACAGGAAAUAUUGGGGGGGGGGGUGUCUUGUUUUGUUACAAAUGUUAAUGGUGGUUGUAUAUUUUCCUUUUUCCUCUGAGUUAUUUGUGCCUAUAAAUUUCUGCUUGAGCAAGAUCUAAGUAGUCUAACAUGACAUGUUAGGUAAGAGCUUUGCAAACAGUCCUGAGAGGUGUUUUGGGUACUAUUAACCUCUUCAGAGAGUUGAGUACUGGAAAGACAGAGCCCUGAAGGAGAAAGAUCUUGAGUGCUCUGGGAUAUACUUUCCUUUAAAAGCCGUUUUCUGGAGACAAAUGAAGUGAGCCCUAGCUUAGAGUCCUGCUAGGUGAAUCUGAUAGGUUUUUGCUAAUACUAGAGCAAAUAGUAAUAGAACAGAGCUACAGGAGAAUGACCUGAAUCAAGCCUUUCUUGUGCCUCACCAAGAGAAUGGCAAACCCUGACAGCUAUACCUCUGCAAAUCCAUCAGAGGCUGUGUCAAGGAAGAGCCAUUCUUCAGCGUGUUGUUCCUUUGUCACUGGGAACAGUAGGAUGAGACCAGCUUGGGAAUCAAACAUUCACCUGGGGUGAGCAUUCAGGGCUGGCUCUGGAGAUGAUGGAGAGUGCCUCAGAUGGCACCGCUUGUCACUGCUCAGGAUAGCAAUAUCAUGUAAAAGAUACCUGUCUUUCACUAACUGUCAGUAGUGUCUUCCAAUGUUUCUUUGAUUGGUAUAACCCCACAUCUCUAACAGAAAUAUUUUCUUUCAAACUUCUUUAUAGCAAAUGAAACUGAACAGUUGCCAUUACCUUCCACAGACAUCUCAUAAGCAGUUUGCAGACUUGCAGAAGUUCGUGGACCAGAAGGAUACUGACCUCUCACCUGUGAGAACAGCAUUUCUGGACCUGCUGACAGCCUCUGCUACUCAGCCUUACCUAGCGCAAUGUCAGGCCAUCACACUCCCUCUGCCGGGGGCCCCUUCUCAGCACUCACUCCCAGCAUUUGGCCUCAGGAGAUCCUGGCAAAAUACACACAGAAAGAAGAAUCUGUCGAGCAGCCAGAGUUCCGCUAUGAUGAAUUCGGUUUCCGAGUUGAUAAGGAAGAUGGUGCUGAGCCAAACUCCAGCAAGCUUCUGGGGAUCCCACUGACAGAGGAGCCACAGCAGAGGCUCAAGUGGCAGGCUCACCUGGAAUUCACACAUAACCAUGACGUGGGUGACCUCACCUGGGACAAAAUUGAGGUCACCCUACCUCAUUCAGACAAGCUGCGCUCCCUGGUGCUAGCCGGCAUCCCACAUAGCAUGAGGCCACAGCUGUGGAUGCGCCUGUCAGGAGCCUUGCAGAAGAAGAGGAAUUCAGAGAUGUCGUAUCGGGAUAUUGUGAAAAACAGCUCUAACAAUGAAACCAUUGCUGCCAAACAGAUUGAAAAGGACUUGCUACGCACAAUGCCCAGCAACGCCUGCUUCUCCAACAUGAACAGUAUCGGGGUGCCACGGCUACGCAGGAUACUACGUGGACUUGCCUGGCUCUACCCAGAGAUUGGAUAUUGCCAGGGCACUGGCAUGGUGGCUGCCUCUCUGCUGCUCUUUUUGGAGGAGGAAGAUGCCUUCUGGAUGAUGUGCGCUAUCAUCGAGGAACUGGUUCCUGCCUCCUACUUCAGCACCACCCUGAUGGGCGUGCAGACAGACCAGCGUGUCCUGCGACAGCUCAUUGUGCAGUAUUUGCCUCGCCUGGACAAGCUGCUCCAGGAGCACGACAUUGAGCUCUCCUUGAUCACCUUGCACUGGUUCCUCACCUCUUUCGCUAGUGUUGUUCACAUUAAGCUGCUGCUGCGUAUAUGGGACCUAUUCUUCUACGAGGGCUCUCUGGUGCUGUUCCAGCUCACUUUGGGCAUGCUCAGUAUGAAGGAGGAUGAGCUAAUCCAGUCCGAGAACUCUGCCUCGAUCUUCAACACGCUCUCAGACAUCCCCAGUCAGAUUGAAGAUGCAGAUGUGCUGCUGCGGGAGGCCAUGCGCGUGGCUGGCUCGCUGACAGAUGUGGCGGUGGAGACCCAGCGCCGCAAACACUUGGCCUACCUCAUUGCUGACCAAGGGCAGCUGCUCAACUCCAGCACCACUGUCAACAAUUUAUCCAAAAUUGUGCGUCGCAGAACCCAGCGCAGGAAAUCUGGCAUCACCUCUCUGCUUUUUGGGGAUGAUGAUCUGGAGGCACUGAAAGCCAAGAACAUCAAGCAGACAGAGCUGGUGGCUGACCUGCGUGAGGCCAUUCUGCAGGUGGCACGGCACUUCCAGUGUGUGGAUCCCAAGAACUGCAGCAUUGAUCUGACUCCAGACUACAGCAUGGAGAGCCACCAGCGGGACCACGAGAACUAUGUGGCCUGUUCCCGCAACCGCCGCCGGCGAGCCAAGGCACUGCUGGACUUUGAGCGACACGAUGACGAUGAGCUGGGCUUCCGAAAGAACGACAUCAUCACGAUUAUUUCCCAGAAGGAUGAGCACUGCUGGGUGGGAGAGCUGAACGGACUGAGAGGUUGGUUUCCUGCAAAAUUUGUGGAGAUCCUGGAUGAGCGGAGUAAAGAGUACUCCAUCGCUGGAGAUGACUCAGUCACAGAAGGAGUGACAGACUUGGUGCGAGGGACACUCUGUCCAGCCUUGAAGUCCAUAUUUGAACAUGGAUUGAAGAAGCCAUCUCUGCUGGGGGGGCCCUGCCACCCCUGGCUGUUCAUUGAAGAGGCUGCAAGCCGGGAAGUGGAACGUGACUUUGACUCUGUGUACUCUCGCCUUGUGCUCUGCAAGACUUACAGGCUUGAUGAAGAUGGCAAAGUCCUCACUCCAGAGGAGCUGCUUUACCGGGCAGUUCAGGCUGUGAACAUGACACACGAUGCUGCACAUGCACAGAUGGACGUGAAGCUUCGUUCCCUCAUCUGUGUUGGACUUAAUGAGCAGGUGCUGCACUUGUGGCUGGAGGUGCUGUGCUCAAGCCUGCAGACCGUGGAGAAGUGGUUCCAUCCCUGGUCAUUCCUGCGCAGUCCCGGCUGGGUGCAGAUCAAAUGUGAGCUGAGAGUCCUUUGCAAAUUCGCCUUCAGCCUCUCUCAGGACUGGGAGCUGCCAAUAAAGAGGGAGGAGAAGGAGAAGAAGCCACUGAAGGAGGGGGUGCAGGACAUGCUUGUGAAGCACCAUCUCUUCAGCUGGGACAUAGAUGGGUGACCCCCGCCCCGCCCCAUCCUGGGAAACCUUCUCAAUGGCGCACACUCCUCUCCCCCAUCCGCACCAUCUCACCCCCUGCCCUCCCCUACCCCCCCCACUUUUAUCUGUGACAGAAUCCCCCUUGGGGGGCCGCCAGGCCACUGGGUCAGAUGGCAGCAGCGCCAAGAGGCUGAGCUGCAGACUUGAGGGAGGUGAUGGUUGAAGGCAAUGCUGCAAAGGGACAAGUGUGUUCUGGCCACAAAAAUAAGUGCCCCCUCCUUCCCUUCCUCCCAGCCUUCCCCAUCUCUGCCAUCUCCAUCUCAUGUUUGCCUCAGCCCUGUCUCCCCCCAGUGCCUGGGGAGCAGCCUGGCCCAGGGCCCCUUGUGCACUGCCCCAUGGGCCUGUAGCCAUGGGGAAGAGACACAGCCCUUGUGGGGUGGCUUUAGUCCAUGAAAGCUGGUGCCAUUGGCAGGUGGCACUGCGGGUGCAAGUGGAUUUGGGCUGGUGAAAGACUCAUGGCUGUAUGGGAGCAGGGAUGGCACAUCCCCCUGUGCCAGCCAAGGGCUUGCCUCUGCCGGGGAGAGGGAUGGCAAAUCCUGAAGCACUUGGACAAGUUCCUCUGACCUGCAGCCAGGGUUGAGAAGGGACAACCGGCAUCAGCCUCAUCCCACCUCCCUGGCACUGGCAUGUGGGGUGUUGACAAGAGGUGCCCGAUGGCACUGGCCUGUUACCAGUGUGGCAGCCUUAGGGGAUGGGCUGUGUCUCCUCUGGGAGCAGACAAAAAAACACCUCUCCCCUAAACAAGUGUUUCUUGCUGUCAUUUUAGUCUCUAGGUGAUUUUUACUGUUAACCAAAAAGCUGUAAAUGAACUCCAGGAAUGUGUAUAUUUUGGCACCGUUGUAGCUCAGGACGAGGUUCAGGUUGGAGCUGGCUCAGGGAGAUGUAACUCGUCCUCCUCGCCCUGCGGUGGCAGCGGGGACGCAGGUCGGGAGUGGAGAAUUGCUACUUUGUGGUGGUGGCUCUGGAUAUGGAGUCUGUGACUUUCUACUGAAAGCGCUUGUCUGUGAGCACAAACUACUCAUGGAAUGACACUAGAUUCUUACUUUAUUUGGUGGGUUUGUAAAUAAACUGCAUCUUGGGACAGUG